CUUAGACAAUGCCCCGGAGCCGCCAGACCGUCGCGCCCCCGCCCCAUCGUAGUACAUGAGCUCGCCUACCCAAGGACCCCCUAAAAGCCAGAGCUCCCAGUCCCCGAGGCUUGAAGACGGGGACUCCCUUCUCCACCAACUCCGUCCUCGGGGGGGUGGGGCUCCAGCCGAGAUCACAGCGCGACAGGAGUGGGGGUGGCCGCUGGAGACAGGUGAAGAAACAAGAAAACUAAGAAAUCCGAGCGGUUGGAGGGGGCGUCUGUGUGGAUGGGAUGGGGACGCCGGGGGAGGGGCUGGGCCGCUGCUCCCAUGCCCUGAUCCGGGGAGUCCCAGAGAGCCUGGCGUCGGGGGAAGGUGCUGGGGCUGGCCUUCCCGCUCUGGAUCUGGCCAAAGCUCAAAGGGAGCACGGGGUGCUGGGAGGUAAACUGAGGCAACGACUGGGGCUACAGCUGCUAGAACUGCCACCUGAGGAGUCGUUGCCGCUAGGACCGCUGCUUGGCGACACGGCCGUGAUCCAAGGGGACACGGCCCUAAUCACGCGGCCCUGGAGUCCCGCUCGUAGGCCAGAGGUCGAUGGAGUCCGCAAAGCCCUGCAAGACCUGGGGCUCCGAAUUGUGGAAAUAGGAGACGAGAACGCGACGCUGGAUGGCACUGACGUUCUCUUCACCGGCCGGGAGUUUUUCGUAGGCCUCUCCAAAUGGACCAAUCACCGAGGAGCUGAGAUCGUGGCAGACACGUUCCGGGACUUCGCCGUCUCCACUGUGCCGGUCUCGGGUCCCUCCCACCUGCGCGGUCUCUGCGGCAUGGGAGGACCUCGCACUGUUGUGGCAGGCAGCAGCGACGCUGCCCAAAAGGCUGUCCGGGCAAUGGCAGUGCUGACAGAUCACCCAUAUGCCUCCCUGACCCUCCCAGAUGACGCAGCUGCUGACUGUCUCUUUCUUCGUCCUGGGUUACCUGGUGUGCCCCCUUUCCUCCUGCACCGUGGAGGUGGGGAUCUGCCCAACAGCCAGGAGGCACUGCAGAAGCUCUCUGAUGUCACCCUGGUACCUGUGUCCUGCUCAGAACUGGAGAAGGCUGGCGCCGGGCUCAGCUCCCUCUGCUUGGUGCUCAGCACACGCCCCCACAGCUGAGGGCCUGGCCUUGGGGUACUGCUGGCCAGGGGUAGGAUAGUAUAGGGAGUAGAAGGGGAAGGAGGGUUAGAUAGAGAAUGCUGAGUAGGCAGUAGUUGGGAGAGAGCCUCAAUAUGGGGGGAGGGGAGAGUGUAGGGAAAAGGAUAGGGUCCACUGGGUGAAUCCUCCCUCUCAGAACCAAUAAAAUAGAAUUGACGUUUUA